GGAACAUUCCCUGUCCACCAACAAACUGGAGAAACAGAUCCUGGACCAGACCAGUGAGAUCAGCAAGCUGCAGGACAAGAACAGCGUCCUGGAGAAGAAAGUGCUCGACAUGGAAGGCAAGCACACCGUGCAGCUCCAGUCCAUGAAGGAGGAGAAGGACCAGCUGCAGGUGCUGGUGUCCAAGCAGAACUCCAUCAUCGAGGAGCUCGAGAAGCAGCUGGUGACGGCAACGGUGAACAACUCCGUCCUGCAGAAGCAGCAGCACGACCUCAUGGAGACCGUGCACAGCCUGCUGACCCUCGUGUCCACGCCGGGCUCAGCCAGGCCGGCCCCGGCUGCGAAGGAGGAGCGAGUCACUUUCCGAGACUGCGCGGAGGCCUUCAAGUCCGGCCUGACCACCAGCGGCGUCUACACGCUGACGUUCCCCAACUCCACGGAGGAGACAAAGGAUCCACCUGAAGGGCCUCACGGGGUCAGCCGGCAAGAUCAGCAGCAUCAGCCAGCCGGGGAGCGACUUCAGCACCAAGGACGCGGACAAGGACCGGUGCAUCUGCAAGUGCGCGCAGAUGCUCACGGGAGGCUGGUGGUUCGACGCGUGUGGCCCCUCCAACCUGAACGGAAUGUACUACCCGCAGAGGCAGAGCACCAACAGGUUCAACGGCAUCAAGUGGUACUACUGGAAGGGCUCGGGCUACUCGCUCAAGGCCACGGCCAUGAUGAUCCGGCCCGCGGACUUCUGAGGCCUGCGCCUGCGGCGGGGGCUGCGGCAUCCCUCCACCUGAACCCAGGGGACACAGCUGCGUUGUCCCUCCACCCAGAGGGACACGCCCGGGGCCCGAGUCAGAGCCCUCAAAACUCCCCACGGACACCUGCCCUGCUCGGCAACCCCAGCACAGCCCGACCUUCACCUCGUGACCUGCAGGGCGUCUGCGCAGAGAUGAGCUUAAGCUGCAAAUGAGAAGAUGGCUCGCGGGCUCCGUGUCACGCCGUGUCAAGCGCAUCAGUGAAUAACUGGAAACAGCUCUGGGCUCCGGGGUCGUCUGGCUGCAUCCCCGCUCGCCCGCCCGGGGCUGGCGGAGAGGAAGGCAGCCUCCACGCCCCGCCCCGUGCACAGACUCAGGGGCUCCCUGGGAGGGUCACAGUGCCUUUGCCCUCCUCUUGGGUGCUUUACAUUUUCAUCUGAAAACAGCGUAUUUGCAUAGGUGUCGCCAGCUUAGUUCUAAGCUAAUGCUCAAAAACAGAUGUCAGGUUUAUACGGAGAAAUUCCCAGGAUGUAUUCUUUUAUUUUAUGUAAAGAUUGUACUACUUUUUUUUGCUGCCUGUUAACUAUGAAGUUAUUUUAGUAAUUAAAUAUAACUUAUGAGAUGACGA